GGGCAUUUGCGAUCAUGUAUAAAAAACCUGUGACACACACAACACAACUAAUUCACCUGUGACACACACAGAAACUUAAUCGUCUCUGCUGAGUAUUUCAAGUUUGUGGAAAUGGAGUCUUUGUCUGCUGCACACACACAGUUCUCCAUCAAGCUGUUUAAGGAGAUCAGUGAAGGAAACGCAUCUGGAAAUGUCUUCUACUCUCCUCUCAGCAUCUUCUCUGCUCUUGCCAUGCUGACAGCUGGAGCAGCGGGAAACACACAAGCUCAGAUCUUCAAGGUCCUGGGCAUUAAAAAUUCUGUCAAAGCUGACACCAUCACUCCAGCUCCUGGACCAUCAAUGCAACAACAUGCCCAGAAACCUCAGAAGUUACCUGCUGCACUCACGAAACCUCCUCCUCAACUUCAUAAUGAACCUGUACAUAAAACUGAGGAUAAUAUUAAUUCCGACAUCAACAAACUCAUGAGUGAGCUGAACAAGCCGGGAGUCCCGUACAUGUUGAGCCUUGUUAACCGCCUCUAUGGGGAGCAGUCCUACCAGUUUGUUGACAAAUUUCUUAAGGACACAGAAAAAUACUACCAGGCUGGACUGGAGAAGGUGGACUUUAAAACGAAUGCAAAAGCUGCACGUGACAACAUCAACCAAUGGGUGGAGAAAAAUACACAAGGAAAGAUCAAGAACUUGCUGCCAGAGGGAACCGUCGAUGUAAUGACUAAAUUAGUCUUGGUAAACGCCAUCUACUUCAAAGGUACCUGGAUGCUAAAAUUUAAAAAGGAAUUAACUCGGGAGCUGCAGUUUAAACUGAACAAGGCUCAGACUAAGCCAGUGCAGAUGAUGCAUCAGACAGACCGAUUUCCUCUGGCCCUCAUCCCAGAGGUCAACAGUCAGGUCCUGGAGCUGCCGUAUAUUGGGGAGACUCUCAGUAUGCUGAUCAUCCUUCCAAAUAAGAUAGAAGAUGACACCACUGGCCUUCAAAAGCUGGAGAAAGCAAUGACCUACGAGAAGCUAAUGGAGUGGACCGGACCUGAAAGGAUGAGCGAACAGAAAGUUGAAAUCGCUCUGCCUAAAUUCAAGAUGGCGGAGACCUAUGACAUGAACAGCCAUCUGGAAGCCAUGGGCAUGGUGGACGCUUUUGACACGCAGAAGGUGAAUUUGUCAGGCAUGUCUCUCAACAACAAUCUGGUGGUGUCUAAAGUGAUUCAUAAAUCCUUUGUUGAAGUGAAUGAGGCAGGAACAGAAGCAGCUGCAGCCACUGCAGUCGUGAUUAAGUUUGGCUGUGCAUUACGGCCUCCACUGCCAACAUUUAUUGCAGAUCACCCCUUUCUGUUCUUCAUCCGACACAAUCCCACCAAGAGCAUUCUCUUCUAUGGACGCUUCUGCUCUCCUUGAGUUCCUCCAACCCACGGGGUCCUUCCAGCAUGUUUAAUUGUUGGAUUAUAUUAUGAUAGAUUGAUCAUUUUCGAAUAGGGGUUACUAUUAGGGACUGUGCACUGCAUCUCUGGUGUUUUCUUUACUAAAUAAAAUUCUAUUAAA